ACGUGUUUUUAAUUUUAUUUAUUGUUAAAAAAUAUAUUAUUUCAUCCAAUUGGAUUCACACAGUAAAUCGCAUACGGACCUUAAAAUAACCCUGAAUUAGAAUAAAAUUACCACAAUUUAUUAAAAUUAUUCCCGAUUUAUCCAUUGUAUUUUUGUACAUUUUGUGUAACAGCAGCUAAUAUUAUUAGAAAAAAAUAAAUAAAUAAAACAUGAUCUCUGACCUUAAUGUGCUGAGUACAUUUCAACAAUACAGUAGUUAUUUACUUAUUUACGUCACAGUAGUCUCCAUACUUACACUAAUAGUAAAUAAAACAGCUUCCAACGCAUACAGACCGUCUCUCCAGGCUCAAGCUCCUCACACACACACACACACACACACACACACACACACACACACACACACACACACACACACACACACACACAGGUCUGGCCUUCACACAACUCCCACCACAGAGUCCCUGUCCUGUCCUCUCUCCUGGUUUACACGUCUGAAUAAAACGAGUCGAGGCGCUGCUGCUGCUGCUGCUGCUGCUGCUGCUGCUGCUGCUGCUGCUGCUGCUGCUGCUGCUGCUGCUGCUGCUGAUUGCUUCUCCUGAACCUCCGGGAGCUGGUCACAGCUUUCCUCAUCUCAGUGGACCAUGCACCAGUCCAUUUCCUAAAGUUUUCACGCUGUGCCACAUAUAGGCUACUUCCCUGCGCCCCCGGCAGAUUGCGGCCGAGGAGCAUAAAAGAUGAGCUGCCUAUAGCCCGCUACGUGGUGGAGAGGACUCCUCGCUCGGACGCCUCCUUUGUGCGGCUGCGGAGAAACCUAUUUAGUCCCAGGCGGUGGUCUAUUCACCAGGCUCACCCUGACAUCUGCCAAAAGCCCUCUCUAACCAGCACUGUCUGGAGGAGUAGGAGUGGAGCGCAGAUCAAUGGCUGUCCUGUUAAUUGUAUAAUAGACCUACUUAUGGACCCCUGCUAAAGGGGAACAAUCGUUUAGGGUCCAGCACGUCUGAUUCUGUUUCAACCAAACAGGCCUAAAUACCUUUAAUUGCGCCCGCGUUGAUGAAAAGUCGAUGGGAGUUAAAGCGGCCGAUCACUAGCAGAGCUUAAAUCCAUCUGUACUCGUUUAUUUAUUUAUUUCCCCGAUUUGUCUCCACAAAUCACCUGCCAUGGGGGAAUGGGGAGCGAUAUUCGUUUUGUUUGUGAUCCAAGGACGGGGGAGGGAAGUGGGGCUGAAAGGGGAGAGACCCGGCGCAUAGAAGGCUCCUCGUCUCUUAUUUGUUUGUGUUAUGAAUUAAAUCCACACAGAAUCACAUUCAGUCUGAUAUCACACUCAGUCAUAACAGCAGCAAAAAAGAAAAAGAAAGAAAGAGACAACAAACCCCCUUCUCCAAAUAUCCAAAGAGUAAUCAGCUUGAAAAUUGUUUUAAUUUAAAGACUUUUUCGUUAAUUUGCGAAAUGAAUCCUCCCUCUCUGUUUGUAAACGGGCUAAUUGACACAGUCCAGUGGUUUGAAAAUUGAGAUUUUGAUACGGCUAAUUAUUUAAUGGCGACGCAUUUGCUGUGCGCUUUUUCUAUCUCCUAAUAAAUAAAUAAAUAAAUAAAUAAAUAAACAGCCUCUGCAGAAAUCAGAGCUCGCCUCUGAUAUUUAAAUUAUUAUUUAUUAUUAUUCUUUUUACACGUAUACCUCCACAAACAGGAGUCCUGUCAUGGGCACGGGGCUGCGCCAGAUUAAACAAACACAUUAAGAUGUUUAACGUGGAAUAAUUUAAGCAUGAAAAGCUAAUAAAUCAGAGGACGGAAUGGCAGAGGAUUGAAUUGAAUUGUAGUGUUUUGGUGCGCGUUUGUGUCUGUGCGUGUGUAUGUGUGCGUAAAAGAGAAGAAAAAAUAAAAGAAGGGGAAGAAGAAGGAGAGGGAGAAGAAGAAGAAGAAGAAGAAGAAGAAGAAGAAGAGGGGGGGAGUCACGCCGCUGACAUUUCCAAGCUCCCUCUCUGAUUGGCUCUUAUUUGAGGAAGCUCACGGGUUCUUUCAACUAAUAAGCGCCUCCCCGUCGCUCUAAAGGACAUUAUAAUGCAAGGGACCUCCUUUUUUAACCACAAACCGAAUUUUCGUUCAUUUAGACGAUAUAUACGUUUUAAAUUGCCCCAAAGUUGUCGGGUUUUUUUGGAGCGCAUUUCGCCCUGGAGCGGUACGCGAUGCUUUCUCACGCCGACCUGCUGGAUGCUCGGCUCGGUGAGUUGUCAUCACUAAACUCCGGCCCUAAACUCCAGUGGAUGAAAGAUGCCGCAGAGCUGCUCGGACACCGAGAGGCUCUGAAGUGCCGGCUGGGCGGCGGCGUGCCAGACCAGGGGCAUCCGGGAGACAUGGCCCCUGGUUCGGACUCUGUCGAGGGGACCACUCUGCUGCCGGGAGAAGACAUCGCCACGGUGGGAUCCAACUCUGCCGUCAUGCCGGUGAACGGGAAGGAGCAGGAGAAGCAGCAGCAGCAGCAGCAGCAGCAGCAGCCGCAGCAGAGCUCCGGUCAGACCGCCAACCAGAAGCAGAAGCGGCACAGGACGCGCUUCACUCCGGCGCAGCUCAACGAGCUGGAGCGCAGCUUCGCCAAGACCCACUACCCUGACAUCUUCAUGAGGGAGGAGCUGGCGCUGAGGAUCGGCCUCACCGAGUCCAGAGUUCAGGUUUGGUUCCAGAACAGACGCGCCAAGUGGAAGAAGAGGAAGAAGACCACCAAUGUGUUCCGCGCCCCGGGGACGCUGCUGCCAACGCCGGGCCUGCCACAGUUCUCUGCCGCGGCCGCCAUGGAGAACAGCCUGUGCUCCUUCCACGCCAACGACUCUCGCUGGGCCACGGGGAUGCCGGGAGUGUCCCAGCUGCAGCUUCCGCCGGCCCUCGGUCGUCAGCCGGGCAUGCAGGGACUGUCACAGUGCAGUCUGGGUCCGGGCCCGCCACCAAACUCCAUGGGUCUCUCCAACGGCCUGUCCUCCAACGGCUCCGGUCUGCAGUCCCACCUCUACCAGUCGCCUUUCCCCGGAAUGUCGGCCUCUCUCUCCGGCCCCACGAACGUAACGGGCUCCCCUCAGCUGUGUAGCUCCCCGGACAGUGACAUGUGGAGAGGGACAAGCAUCGCGUCACUGCGGCGCAAAGCGCUGGAGCACACAGUGUCCAUGAGUUUCACUUAGUUGACUUUUCACCAACAUCCCCCCUUCUCCUCCAAACCCCCCUCCUCUAUCAACCCCAAACUGCGGCUCUUUUUUUUUUCUCCUUCUGUUUUUAUUCCCGCUAUUUAGAUCAAAACGAGAGAACGAGCGAGCUAAUCAGGCCUGAAAUGUGAGGAGACUGUGUGUGACUGCAUCUAUACGUACAAAAAGAAAAAGGACAACUCUGAUGGGACACACGGAGGAAAAAAAAUAACUUGGGUUUGGGGGGGUUAUUUAUCUUGUUAAUUCAAAAAGGAUUUUAUCGACUAUUGAUGAUAAAUACUAUUGUAAUGAUCUCUAGACUAUAGGCCCCCAACUACCGGGAGCCAAACAAUCGUCGUAUUUGCGUUUUCACUGAGUGUGUCUUUACGCACACGUGUUAUUGUGUUCAGGUGAAGUUGUGUUAUGUCAAACGGUUAUUUAUAAGAUUGGGUAUACAUUUUUGGUGACAGCCUACCACACACGCACCACACUUGUAGGUGGGCCUAUUGAACCGGGUCUCGGGGCAUGCACUGUGCAUGUGGAUUUAAACGCUUUGGAUAAUUUAAGGAGUAAAACGGUGCCCACUCAGAUCCAAAGAGGUACUUCUGCUCGGCGGCCACAGUCUCGUCUGCAUGAGACUGAAGAGGAGGAGGAAGAAGAGGAAGAAGAAGAAGAGAAAAAAGAAAUACAAUGAUCUUUCAGUAGGCCUACUCUGUUUUAGGAUGUUUUGUGUAGAUGAAACAUUCUCGCUAUGUACCCGCUGGUCUUUUUUGUGACAUGUUUUAACUUAUUGUAUGUGCUAUUACUUGACACAUUUCUUAAAUGUUUGAUCUUACAUCGGAAAAAUGCACCACAUUGACGGGUUUGUACCAAUUUAAAAAUGAAGAAACAAA